CCCUUGUCUAUGAUUAUGCAUAUAAGCUUACAACCCCACAGUGAACCGGUGAAUUACCGCAGACACACCACGUUCCCCAGUUGUCUAAACGUUUCAAGCAAUAGUUAGUAACUUAGGAACUUCCCGCUCAUGCUUGAUUCGCUCAAGAAGGGUAUUCAAGUAUGUCGUUCUAUCGCAUCAUGACAGUGAUAUGCUGAAAACCCGAUAAUUUGUAUUUGAGAUCAAAAUUUCCGCCUGGCUUCGAUUGCACGUCUUGCCGAGACUUCGCCAUCACGCUUUGUACCAUAACCCCACCAUGGCAAGGCAUUAUUUGCCAAGGUUAGUCAGCAAAAUGCGACAAGAUGCGAGGACCAAUCAGCACUCGUUCAGCGGUGAUGAUCACAAAUGCUUCACCGGUGAUCAAUUCCAAUGCCACCAAUGA